GCUUCGGGUGCGAGAGGUCGCGAGUUCGAUUCUCGCAACACCCCUCUCCUCGAGAUAUUUUGGUCCUUUUUUAUUUAUGGUUGUAGGAAUCAUCUUAAAUGGGCCAAGUGGGCCGCGACGAGAAGCCAAUACUGGCCUUGUAUUAGUCUCAAAAUAUUCGAAUCUUUUUGCCUCAAGAGCCCAUCAUCCAUCUGGACCGUGAUUUUCACCCCCUCUCCUCAAAAGCCACCUUCGUCCUCUGAUUUUCUAGGGUUUUGAAGACCGAACCACCUCCUCCAAAACCCCCUUUCUCGGUUUCUCUCUCUCAACAGCUGUGAACAUGAGCAGAUCAGGCCAGCCUCCGGAUCUCAAGAAAUACAUGGAUAAGAAGCUUCAAAUCAAGUUGAAUGCAAACCGGAUGGUGGUUGGAACUCUUCGUGGGUUUGACCAGUUCAUGAACCUGGUGGUGGACAACACUGUGGAAGUGAAUGGAAAUGAGAAAACUGAUAUAGGCAUGGUGGUUAUUAGAGGAAAUAGUGUGGUUACUGUUGAAGCUCUUGAGCCAGUAAGCCGGAUGCAGUGAAUUGAUUUUUGUAUCAAUGCCUAAUGCUGUAUCUACAGGCAUGUUUUCCUUAUUUGGAUAAUGUAGUUUGUUGUAAUGUGAAGGAAAAUGUUCUAGUUGUGGAUUUAAAGGUGGGUGAGUGAAUGUUUCUACAUUUGUGGAUUCAAAAUUCUCAGUAGUUUAAUGAAAUGGAGAAUUUAUAUUGGUAUUGACAGAA